GUACACUGCUGAGUGCUGAGGGCUGGAUUUGGCGACAUUGCCGAUCUGAAUCAAUCCUCUGUGAACCAAAAUGUUCAUCAAGAGCUCUGACAGAUCAUACCCUCCCAAAUGCCUAUUUUGAUUGCUCUGUAAACCGACCCAAUUGGGGAAUUCUGGAAAUGGGAGGAGGUUCAGCUCUUAAAUUAGAAUCAUGGCAGAUGAUAAUGUUGGCUCUCCUAUUAAUGCUCGGCUCUUUCUACGCUGGAACUCUCUUCCGCCAAAAUGCUCCCGAUUACGUCUCUCAGCUUUCCUACAAUUUUUCAGUUCCCGGUACUUCCACUUUUGCAAAUAGGGUUAAAUUAACAUAUAGAAGAACACCACUAGUGAUACCAGAGACUGGUGUGGAUGUUUGUCCAUUGAGUUUCAAUGAAUACAUCCCUUGCCAUAAUGUUUCCUACAUUCAAACUUUGCUCCCCAGUUUGGACACAAGUAGAAGACAAGAGCUAGAGAGACACUGUCCUCCAGUAGUAGAGCGCUUGUAUUGCUUGGUUCCCCCACCCAAAGACUAUAAGAUACCAAUAAGAUGGCCAACCAGCAGGGACUAUGUGUGGCGAAGCAAUGUGAAUCACACUCAUCUUGCUCAAGUCAAAGGUGGCCAAAAUUGGGUUCAUGAGAAGGAUCAACUCUGGUGGUUCCCAGGUGGCGGUACCCAUUUUAAACACGGUGCACCUGAGUACAUUCAGAGAUUGGGAAAUAUGAUAACCAAUGACACAGGUGAUUUACGUACUGCAGGGGUUGUUCAAGUUUUGGAUGUUGGUUGUGGGGUUUCCAGCUUUUCUGCAUUCCUUCUUCCCUUGGGUAUACAGACCAUGUCCUUUGCUCCCAAGGAUGGCCAUGAGAAUCAGAUUCAAUUUUCUCUAGAGCGAGGGAUUGGUGCAAUGAUCUCUGCAAUAGCAACAAAGCAAUUGCCAUAUCCCAGUAGCUCGUUCGAGUUGGUUCAUUGUUCUAGGUGUCGUGUCGAUUGGCAUGCAAACGAUGGGAUUCUUCUAAAAGAAGUGAAUCGCCUUCUGCGUUCUAAUGGAUACUUUGUGUAUUCAGCUCCACCUGCUUAUAGAAAGGAUAAAGACUUUCCAAUAAUUUGGGACAACUUAGUGAAUCUGACUUCGGCAAUGUGUUGGAAACUCAUUUCUAAAAGAGUUCAAACUGCUAUAUGGAUGAAACAAGAAGAUCAGUCAUGCCUUCAUCGCAUUUCAGAACAGAAACUAAUUGAUAUAUGUGAUGCUGCUGAUGAUUCUAAGCCAUCCUGGAAUAUGAAAUUGGGAAACUGUAUACAAGUAAGGGGCAUGCAUACAAAUGCUCCAAAACUACCUCUUAAACCAGAGCGUCUUUCAAUAUACUCAGAGAGCCUAAAAAAAAUAGGUAUAAGUCAAGAGGAUUUUACUUUGGACACUGUCUUUUGGCAAGAUCAAGUUCAGCAUUACUGGCGGCUGCUGAAUGUGAACAAGACAGAAAUACAAAAUGUCAUGGACAUGAAUGCUUUUAGUGGUGGAUUUGCUGUGGCCUUAGAUUCAUCGCCCAUGUGGGUGAUGAAUAUAGUACCUGCUACCUUGAAGAAUACUUUGUCUGCCAUUUAUGACCGUGGUCUGAUUGGUGCUUUCCAUGAUUGGUGUGAACCGUUUUCUACUUAUCCACGCACAUAUGAUCUAUUGCAUGCCAACCAUCUCUUCUCUCAUUAUAAGGAAUGUGGAGAAGGCUGCUUGUUGGAAGAUAUCCUUUUGGAAAUGGACAGAAUGAUAAGGCCACAGGGAUUUAUUAUCAUUAGAGAUGAGGAAGCUUUCACAUCAAAGAUCCAGGAUCUUGCUCCAAAGUUUUUAUGGGAGGUUGAAUCACAUUUGCUGGACAACAUAAGGAAGAAGGGUGAAACCGUGUUAAUAUGUAGGAAGAAGUUUUGGGCAAUCGUCUGAAAUGUAUCAGCAGACGUACAGCUUUGCCAAUAUAAUUUCCUGAAGAUGUAAAUUUCAUUUUGCUUUCUCUCUUUUGUUUUUUCUUUUGGGUGGAAGAGAUGCUAAGAGCCUAGCAACUGAUGUGUAAUUCAAUGUAUAUACCUUGAUACAUUGAAUGUGUUAUUCUAUCUGUGGGGUGAACUUAUUGCAUGUCCCCAUAGAUUAGAUGAAUGUCGUCGAAGAGUGUUUAUUCCCUGCAUUAUGUCAUGUUCAGUGUAACCCAAAGUUCACCCCGUUUACGGGGUA